GGUAAUUCUGAGGCCAACUCGAUGUUCCUAAAGGAUUUACUAUAAACAUAACCAAACAUAACCUAAAAGCACAAGUGGUACAAAUGUUGUGAUUCGCGUGAUAUGAGUGUGUUCAUUUCAAAAUUAUGGCGACCAAAAUUGUGACAUUAUUGAAAAUUAUUUUAUUUAUGAUAGUAAUUUCGAAUACCCAAAGUUCGAAGUUAAAUGUAGCCAUUAUACUGUUGCCCAUUUUCGACGAUUUCCCCACAAAUUUCACAAUCCAAGCCACCAAUGAUAGUUGCUACAAAUGGAGUACAACAAGGGAAGAUAUUAUAGAAUUAAAUCCUGUGGAUUUAAAUUCUGGAUUGGAAUGUACAACACAAGUUGUUGUCUCCACAGUUACCAAAGAGAGGAGAAGAAUAACAUCAGAUGUAUUUGCUGAGGAUAUAAACACAAAGCAACAAUUACGUUGUGUAGUUAUUACUGAUGUAAUUGAGUCAUUAGGUAUUGCAAGUACCACAAAGGAAUUGAUGUUGGAGGAGGCUCCAGAAGUUUUUGAAGUUAGAGCUUAUGACAAUCAAGGGAAUGAGUUUUCUACACUUGAAGGAAUUGAAUUUGAGUGGAUGAUAAAACCAUCUGGACCUAAUAAAAACGUUCCAGUACUAAGAUUUAUUACGUUUAAGGAUUCGCCAUAUGAAACGCCAAGUACGUUAAAUGACAUAGAAAAUCGUAACAAGAGAGGCCAUAAAGUAUUACUUGAGGGUAUUAAAACUGGAAUAUCGAAGGUAUCUGUAAAAUUACCUCAAAAAGAUUAUGCAAAUGCAAAAAGUAAUGAACUUCAAUUAACAGUUAUUGCAAAUUUAAUGAUUUUGCCGCAAGAAGUUUAUAUUAUGGUUGGCGAUUCGGCAGAAUUUCAAAUUAUUCAGACGAGCUAUGGAAAAAGCGAAACGAUUAAUUUAAGAUCAUCUCAGUAUUUCUUGGAUGUAGAAGAUAAGCAAGUAGCAAGGAACAAUAAAUAUGAAGGUACAGUCAAUUCAUUGCAAGUUGGACGUACCAAAGUUUUACUACAUGAUAAAAAUAUAGAUGUGAAUGAACCUGGCCUCAGGUUACCAUUUGCUAUUUUAAAUGUGGUUCAACCUGCAUACAUGAUGUUAAACCUUCUUCCAUAUAGAAACUGGGCUGCUUUGGUUUCAGAACCACAUGACAUAAUUGCUGAAGUAUUCUCAGAGGGUGACCAUAAAUUGAUUCUUGGACCACAUGUGAAAAUUCAGAUGCAAGUAGAGGAUGCUUUCAAGGUCAAACAACGAUCCAUGAAUGGAUCUGUAGUUAAUGGGUGGACGCAACUUGAAGGAACUGCUAAAGUUCAAGCUAUUUUAGAAAGCGCAACGAACCCAUUUACCGGAACUAUUAAAGUUAAGCCUCCAAUCCCCGCGAAUGGAGAAAUCAUGAUAUAUCCCCGUAUUGUACUACAACCAUCUGAAGUGAUUUUACCAUGGGACGAAGUUGUUAAACCCAAAUAUGAUAUUGAUAUCAAGGCGAUUGGAGGUGAUGGCAAGUUUUUAUGGAGCAGUUCUAAUCAUUCGCUUGGAGUUGUUAAUCAACAAGGAAAAGUCCACACACACUCGCAAGGAUAUUUUGAAGUGUCAGCAUCAAUGCAUAGAAAUCACCAUAAUCGUCAAACAGCAAAGUUUCAUAUUCUACCACCUUCUCGUUUGGAAAUUGUAGAGUUUGUAAUGGAAGCUGAAAUAGGUACCGUGAUUUUCUUGCAUGUUGCUUUGUAUGCGGAAAGAAAAAUUGAAGGAGAAGAGGAACCCACGUAUGUUCCAUUCACGAAAUGCCAAGAGUUACCUUUUAAAGUAAAAAUGAGCGAUCCCAAAUUCAACUUUAAUCGGGCAUUAACAUCUAUCCCAGUUGGUAUUUCGUGCGGUAGUCUUGCAAUAUUAAGUUCCGAAGUUGGAUCGAGUAAAGUAACCGUCAGCUAUUUGGGAAUAAAUGGGAAAGUGCUACAAGAUAGCGUUUCCGUAUCUUAUUACAAGCCGCUUUUCCUAAUGCAGCCAACUGGAACUAUUGUUCUUGCCGUCGGUACCCGAACGAAUUUAAUAUUUACUGGAGGUCCUCCGUCCGUCCUAGGCAUCGCUCCAAAUAAAUAUUUGACAAGCAAUCAACCAGAAAUAGCAACAGCGACAGUAACAACAAAAAGUUAUAAAAUGCCUUCAGAUGAUGAUUAUACAGUUGUAUCAGUUGUUUGUCACAAAUUAGGAAGAGCUGAUAUUACUUUAAAAGCAUCUAACAUACCCAACCUGCCAAAUUGUAAGAAUAAGGAAGCCACGGCUACAGUAACAGUACAUUGCAGCAAACCCAGACACAUUGAACUUCAGCCUGAAAUCAAAGUGGCAGACGCAAAAUCAUGUCCAAUGGAUUUAAGCGCAGAUCGCGUUGUGGUGGAAAGUAAUCGUGAUGUAGACUUAAUAAUAAAAGUAAAGGACGACAAAGGACGUGAAUUCAUGAAUAUUACUAGUUUCUUGUUUGAAUGGGAAAUAUCGGAGAAAAAAGCUGCCGAACUUGGAAAUAAAAAGCGUAUCCAAGAAAAGACUUUGUUAAUAGGAAAUGCUUUCUAUGCGGACAAAAGUUACCAGAAAAUAUUGCCGAAAUUAGAAACCGGACAAAUCACCAUUCUCGUCAAACUUGCUGGUUAUAGAAAAGACGUUACAAAUGCCAAUAAGGUGACUCCUGAAUGGCCAGCUUUCCUCGAUGAUGACGAAAAGAAAAUCGAAUUACCACCGAUAAAAUCUUCUAUCACUUUGUACUUGGUAGAUGAUACACUUGUUACGCCGAAUAUCAUAUCUAUGUACAAUCACCCUGCGAAUAAACAAUUUUUGGAAGUGAAACAGGGAUCGGGCUUCUACCAAAUUGCAUUGGACAAAGAAGAUGUAGCAGAUGUUAAAUAUUCAUCACAGAGUCGCCAACUCGAGAUAACGCCAAAGGGUGAUGGAAUAUUAACCAUAAAAUUGAUUGACUUGUGUUUGAUUUCGAAACCAGCUAUAAUCUCUGCCACGGUGGUUUCCGUUCACAUAAUAAGAGUAGAGAUGUCUGAUAAGGUGGAAGUUGGGAAAUGCAUCACGUGCAUUGUGAGGUUGUACGAUGAAUUCGAUAACUUACUGAUGGUUCCGAACUUGGAUUUGGUUGAAAUCAACCACGUAUUUGAUAAAGACAUUGCUAAAAUUGAAAAGAAGAUCAGAGAGGAAAUGGAGAUUGUGAAUUCGGGAGAGCUGCAUUAUAUAGUUACUGGUUCUGAAUUGGGUGAUACAAAGUUGGUAUUUUCUAUUGGAGAGCCAGAGUAUGAUGGAUACGUGGCAAGUGGGGCCAUGGAGCUACAAGUUUUUCCACCUUUGCGUUUAUAUCCACGCAAUAUUACUGUAGCUGUAGGCGCCCAUAUACAGUAUAGUAGUAGAGGAGGACCACAACCCACUCCUCAUUUGGAAUACAGUAUUAAAAAUCCAGAAACGGCCCAGAUCACGAAUAAUGGUAUUAUCAAAGGAGUGGCAGUUGGAAAAACCAGAGUAAUGGCAAGAGCUUUGGGCACAAACCCAACAACUGGACAGAGAGUUAUUUAUACUGAGGAUGCAGUUGAAGUGAAAGUUAUAAAACUGUCUUCCAUAAAAAUAUCUGGACCUUUGACUAGGAUGCAAGUUGGUGCUACUAUACCGUUGUGGGCGUCCGGUGUUCCUGAACAGAUAACACCAUUGAUAUUGGGUAGUAUUGAUCCACCUGUUCGUUUUGAUUGGGGCGUGCAAGAUUCCGAUGUUGCUAAAAUUACCGGACCAUUCCAACCCACCGGUGUUGAAUAUAAACCAUGCGACAUGCUUUCAAUCAGAUUGAAGGGUCUAAAUCCAGGCAACACAGUUAUAUAUUUAAAUGCAACAUACACUACUACGAAUUAUAAAAAGUAUAUUUACGCAUCAUCCAUCGAAGUGGAGGUUUUCGAUAAAUUGAUUAUAACUGAGCCAAAGGGAUUGAAUGGGAAGACCGUGUUCCUAGCACCUUAUUCACAAGUUCAAUUAAAAACCAACAUGGAUUCAUGGGGUCAUCUUACUUAUAAAUUGUACGGAGAUAAUGCACUAUCCACAACGGACGUGCAGACUAAUCAACAUUCGACGACAUGUAAUCCAGUUUCGGUAACUCAGGGUGGUUUGGUGCGAAGCUAUGGAAACGUUGGACAUUCGAUGAUCGUCAUAUCUUCCGUUGACACUACCGGAUUGAAACAAACCACUACCUUACCAAUCGAGGUUAAACCAAUUCACUAUAUGUUGUUAUCGAUCAAUUCCAAUUGGAUGGUAAAGAUGUCGAGUCCCACUGUUGUUGUACCAUUAGGAACGGAAUUUGAAAUCGAGGCAACAUUCUACGAUAAUACCGGAAACGAGUUUUUGGGCAGCAACAUUGAGAACUUGCAAAUUAUCACUAGCAGAUUGGAUCUGGUCAGGAUUAAGCGCGGAAACGAUAAUUUCACAUUCCACGUGUCUACUAGGAAAGUGGGUGUGACCGUGUUUAAAGUAUGGUCCGAAGGCGUCGAGAAGACCGCGGAUUACCUUAAACUUCAUGUUGAACAAGCAAUUGUGCCAUCCGUGGAUCAAGUUAUUACUGGGGAUGUGGUUUGUUUCAAAUCUCCUUUAAUUGGUAAAGAAGAUGAAGGCGAUUGGACAGUAACGGAUGUGGGUAUAUUAAAUGAACACGGGAAAGGUGUAAUAAUUGCAACAGGAGUAAAAGGUGGUCAAGCUUCCGUGAUUCACUCGUUACAUACAGCUGCCCCCUUGCAAAUUCGUGUCAAUCCUAUAUCCGAAAUUAUCCUCGAUGAUUAUACAGAAGUUCUUACAAAUGCUCCAGAAAAAACAUACAAAGCUCAUGUGUUAUUGCAGAGUCAACAUGUAAAAAGGAAGAACAACAUGGUGACUGGAUGGGAUUGCGCUAUGUAUCUUAGUACUCUGACUAUUAAACCACCAAUUCAAUGCGCAUUGGAAUUUGAUAAUAAGAUUAUUGCAGAAACCCCCGCCGAUGUGUUCAUUGUAACACCUAAAUUUAAUUUCAGAGAAGGAAAAUACUAUUGUGAUAUUGCUGCAACGCCGGAAAGUAAUAAAAAGUAUAAUCUACUUACCACGGAUGUUAUUAUGAAAGUGUCUGCACAAGAUGUGUUAACUCAAGAAGUUAAAUUGAAAUUCGUACCAGCUCCUUAUAUUCCAAACGAAAUCCUUUUGGACGAUUCCACCUUUACAGGAACUUUAGUAAUUAUGGGAUUGAACAGCGUUUUAAAAGAUAUCGAAAUAAAACCAGUUGAUGAUUCCAUCUUAAUUGUGGAAAGUAUUAAGGUCGAAGAAAAUAAAUUGACUUGCGUUGUCAAACUAAUUGAUUAUCACCAACAUUGGGAGGAUUCUCGUAAUUAUAUGAGCCUUGAGGUGCAUUCGAAACAGACAAAUCAAAUGGUUUUGGUGUUGGUUAAAGCCCAAAAUCCAGAUCGAUUCAUUAGACAAUGUCCGUUAGGUUCAAACACCUCCUUUUUGACUUUCCUUCAUACGCACAGGAUGACUGUAGGAAUUGUGGUGGCAGUUGCUGUGAUGUUCUUCGCAAGUUUCUUCGUUUAUUCUACGUACUUGCAACCAACGGUGAACGUAAAUGUUCUUUCAAAUCCAAAAGCCGAUGUUAUGAAUCGAAGCUGCGGCGCUAUUUACAACCAGAACUUGCACAAUAGAAGUACUAGCGCGAUGAUGAAUACCUCAGGUGGGCAACCGGAUCCUUGUUAUUGUACUCGGAGCCCAGAAAUUCGACGCAACAGAAGGUAUAUGUGAUUUGGCCAGAAAUGUGUUCAUAUAUAAAUUAAGAGUUUUCCACUAUUUGUAUAUAAUUUACGAGAAAUUUA